CGGUUGCGUCCUGUUCUAUUUAUAGCCGAGCAGCUGAAAUGUGAAGGGUCACAAUGGGAGGAUAAAUACAAGGGCCGCUCGGUCCAGAGGGUGUCGCAGACGAAGGCCACUUCUCUACCUCCCUCUUUCUUCUCCCAGCUCUCUUUCUGAUCUCAAAGAGUCAAGAUGCCUCACGCAUACCCCUUCCUCACUCCUGAGCAGAAGAAGGAGCUCAGUGACAUCGCUCACAGGAUCGUCGCUCCCGGCAAGGGAAUCCUCGCCGCCGACGAGUCUACCGGCAGCGUCGCCAAGCGCUUCCAGAGCAUCAAUGCUGAGAACACUGAGGAGAACAGGAGGCUGUACCGCCAGCUCCUCUUCACCGCCGACGAGCGUGUCACCCCAUGCAUCGGCGGCGUCAUCCUCUUCCACGAGACCAUGUACCAGAAGACCGACGGUGGCAAGGUCUUCACCCAGCACCUCAAAGACAGAGGCAUGGUGGUGGGCAUCAAGGUCGACAAAGGCGUGGUCCCUCUCGCCGGAACCAACGGCGAGACCACCACUCAGGGUCUCGAUGGACUGUACGAGCGCUGCGCCCAGUACAAGAAGGAUGGCGCCGACUUCGCCAAAUGGCGUUGCGUGCUGAAGAUCACCCCCACCACUCCCUCAAGACUGGCCAUCAUUGAGAACGCCAACGUUCUGGCCCGCUACGCCAGCAUCUGCCAGAUGCACGGCAUCGUGCCCAUCGUGGAGCCCGAGAUUCUCCCCGAUGGCGACCAUGACCUGAAGCGCUGCCAGUACGUCACCGAGAAGGUCCUGGCUGCCGUUUACAAGGCUCUGUCUGACCACCACGUCUACCUGGAGGGUACUCUGCUCAAGCCCAACAUGGUUACCGCCGGCCACUCCUGCUCCAUGAAGUACAGCAACCAGGAGAUCGCCAUGGCCACCGUCACCGCCCUCCGCCGCACCGUGCCCCCCGCCGUCCCCGGCGUCACCUUCUUGUCCGGCGGUCAGAGCGAGGAGGAGGCCUCGGUCAACCUGAACGCCAUGAACCAGUGCCCCCUGCACAGACCUUGGGCCCUGACCUUCUCCUACGGACGUGCCCUGCAGGCAUCAGCCCUCAAGGCCUGGGGCGGCAAAAAGGAGAACGGAAAGGCAUGCCAGGAGGAGUUCAUCAAGAGAGCUCUGGCCAACAGCCAGGCGUGCCAGGGAAAAUACGCUUCCUCUGGAUCCAGCGCCGCCGGCGGAGAAUCCCUCUUUGUGGCCAAUCACGCUUAUUAAACGAGCACGUUCGCCCACUCACGCCGACUACGCUUGAUUGGGUUUGCUGUCUCUCGGUUUAAACGUGAGCAUGGGGGGGGGGAAAAAACCUUUGCCUCCAUUCCCUUGACCUUUACGCCCAAUCGCACCUUCUCUCAGGUGAAUAUUCCCACACUGUUUUUACACAAGUUUUCAUUGGAUCGAUUCCAUCAAGCACAGUGAUAGAAUUUAUACUGGUUCAGUGGAAUAAAGAGUUUACCCUUC